UCAAGGGGGGAAAAAAAGGUAGUUUUAUUUUAUCAUUGCUAAAACUGAAGUAACAUAUAAUAGAGGUAUAGGAAGUUGAGGUUUUGCAUGAACAUUUUUGUGUUGAUUUCCUCUUUAUUGUCUGAGGUGUUUACCCAGUGAUCAGUGCUGUUGAGGGUUAAUGGCUACACCUCUUUAGUCCCGCCUCUCCUCUCAGUCACUGACGGAGCCGGAGCUGAACCGCUGCAGACAGCGCUCGCACUCGCUGAGAAAUACACACCCACAAACACUCACACAGGCAGCCUAGAGACAGAGCCGGGGAAGGAACUUGUCGUAACAGUCUGGAAUCAAACUCCACACUGGGGAAUUUUCUGCCAGAUCUCGCCAUUUUGCCUCGGUCCUCAUUUCCCACAGCAAUCCAUGGGACUCCAGACACGGAAACUGUCCGAUCCGUCUCUCAGCUCCAUGGCCUGCCUUGAAGUGGAGACCUUGAAUGUCUGCAGGGAUUGAGAGAGAGGCCUGGAGCCACAAAAAGGUCAGUCAGGGUUCAGCAGAGAACAUGAGGAAUGACAUCAGCUCAACAAACAGUGGGAUGACUGCAGGCAUGUCAUGUACCGUCGUACUGAUGUGAAGAUGAUUAUGUGCUACAGUUAAGACUACAGCAGAGGCGCACGCGCGAGCAGCUCGCAGACCAAGGCAUCAUGCCACCGCUGAAGACACCUGCAGUUUUUCAUGAGCAGGUCAAAAGUUUGGAGAGGGCAAGGACCGAGAAUUUCCUGAAACACAAAAUUCGUAGCAGACCUGACCGUGCUGAACUUGUUCGUAUGCACAUUUUACAAGAAACCCAUGCAGAGCCUUCUUUGCAAGCCACUCAGAUGAAACUAAAGAGGGCACGUCUGGCAGAUGACCUCAAUGAGAAGAUUGCACAGAGGCCGGGACCAAUGGAACUGGUGGUGAAGAACAUCCUGCCGGUUGAGAUUGUUGGUGAACUGGAUGUUUAUAACUUCAAUGAGGACAGCAGUGAAGCUUUGUCUCCAGAGCAGCCGGCUAGUCAUGAGUCUCAGGGCUCUGCAUCUUCUCCUAUAGAAGCCAGACUGCCUGAUCCAUCCGCUGUAUCGCCUCCGAUCGGCUCCAAACUCCAGUGCACAGACUUUCUGAGCAAAACAUCAGUAGAAGAUGGUCGAGCAAUGCCUGCCACUCAGGUAGUCACUGCUGCUGCUCCCACAAAACCAGCACCCACCCUCGUGAAGCAAAGCCAGCCCAAACAGUCCAGUGACAAGAGUCGAAGCAAGAAGAAUAAAGAACCCAAACCGCGGAUUAAGAAGCUUAAGUAUCACCAGUAUAUCCCGCCUGACCAAAAGCAGGAACCCAAUGAAGCCCCGAUGGACUCUGCAUAUGCCAGGCUUCUUCAACAACAGCAGCAGUUCCUGCAGCUCCAGAUUCUCAGCCAACAACAACAGCAUUACAACUACCAGACCAUAUUACCAGCACCACUCAAGACAGUAGCUGAGAGUCAGAACAGCUGCCCCAACAUCACCCUGAGCACCAGCCCUAGUCUUCCUUCUCCCAUCAUGGUGUCUCUGCCGAGUGCGGCUCCGUCACGUCCCAACAACACCAUGACCAGUCGUAAAACCGGGUCUCUGCCUGCCAACUUAGAUGAGAUGAAGGUGGCUGAGCUUAAGAUGGAGUUGAAAUUGCGUGGACUUCCUGUGUCCGGCACUAAGACAGACCUCAUAGAAAGGCUUAAGGCCCACCAGGAGAGCUCUCAGCCUGCUACAACCUUGGAUUUAAACAUCUCCAAAACUGCUUUGCACCCCGAAAGCAUGAGCACAACUCCACCGGUGUCUCCUGAGAGGUCCGAGGCCUCCAACAUCAGUAUGGAGGACAGCAGAGACAGUCCCACCAAAGCUCACUGCACUUUGUCUCCAGCCCACCCUCCGACAGGCACCUCACCCCUCAAACCCACUCCUGAAGACAUGACCAUGGACAUCAAGGUGUCAGAAAAAGACCAGCGCCUCCAUGAGAAGGAGCGUCAGAUUGAGGAACUGAUGCGUAAGUUGGAGCAGGAGCAGCGGCUGGUGGAGGAGCUUAAAAUGCAGCUGGAGGUGGAGAAAAGGAGUCAGCAAGGUGGAAGGCAGCAGCCUGAACCCAAUCAAUCAAUCCAGGUCAAAGUGGAGAACGGCGCCGCCCCUAGCUGCAACUCUGAGCGGAGUCCCCUGCCGCAAACUACAGGUGUGAAACAGGAAGAGCCUCAUGGCCAGAUGCACCACACCCCAGUACAGCAGUUCUAUAUCAACACCCAGCAAGUCCCUCAAGUGCUGCAUCAGCAGACUCUGAUCAACACUCAGCCUGCCACACAAAUUCUGUUGCCUAUCAGCCUGCCCAGCAACCCUGUCAGCACACAGGCGCAGACCGUUCUCCAAACAACAAUGCCCAGUUUGGCUCAAAGCAUCAUACAAACGCCACUUCUGCAAACACAGACGUCCAAUAAUACAAUGUUGCAACAGCAUUCAAAUCAGACACCAUCUCCUCCUCAGGCUUUACCCCUGUGUGGAAGCUCACCUUCUGGGAUUGAGUACAGGCAGAACCAGAACCAGCCCAUGGCAGACAUGCCCCAGUGCUUCCUCAACAACUCACCUAGAGUCUCGCCCAGACACACAACCCCAAAUGGACCCAUGAACAAACCUCCCUCGCCUUGUCAGCUCAACUAUAUCCUUCAGCCAUCAACGUUUCCCAAUCACCUCAGCCCAAAGAGCAAAGACCCACCCCGCUACGAGGAGGCCGUCAAACAGACCAGAGGUCUACAAGCCACAAUGCAGGUUCCCACUGCCACCAGUCAGCACAUGGAUGAUUUGUUUGACGUUUUGAUUGAGAGUGGAGAAAUAUCCCCUCUGGCCAGGCAUGAUCCUUCUCUCGAUAAACUUCUGCCAGUGACAGUAAACAUCACCACUCUGCCGAUCAACACUGUGCUGUCACGUCCUCCCCCGCAGAUACACGUUGCCCGCACGCCCAAUCAGACCCAAGCGCCUCCACCCAGCCUAGUGGCCCUGGCCUCCGAUAACCAGUUGGAGGCCCUGCUGGAGGACGCUGAGCCGCAGUCCCAGAGACUGAUGGAGGAGCUCAAACACCAGCUGCUGGAGCGCCCCCACUCCCCCAUGGACACUUCAGAUCUGACCUUCACCGACACACCGCCCUCCACCCUCCAUCUACAAGACACCGGCCUUGAUAACAUGGAGUGGUUGGACCUUACGAUCCCAGGUCCUGCUGGGAUCUCCUCUCCAACAGUCUUUUCAUCUGAUUUUUUGGACUCGACUGAUCUACAGUUACACUGGGACUGAGCUCACAAAGGGAUCAAGAUUGGAGACAUUCUGAAAAGAUCUGUUGACCCUGAGGGACCACUAACAGACGUGCGGUGCGCAGACUCUCGUAGAACACGUCUUGGGAUCUGGAGUGAUACUCUGUGCGUUCUAAACAGAUGUGACCAUUGAUAGCUUAGCAUCAGCUUUUCUCAUUUGUGCCUACAAGUGCAGGUUUGUUUGCUGUUAUUGUCACCAACACCUUUCAAGGCAGAAAAGAGAGACUUUUUUUCACCUAUAUAUUUAGGCAGUGACCUUCUGCUUUUUCUUAUUUUGAAGCAGUCUUUGAAACUGCUGGCCUAUAUUAUAUAGAAUGAUAGAAUGUUGUUUUUUUUUAGAUUGUGAUAAGUAUAAUUUCUUUGAAUUGACUAUAUAUUAGAUUCAUUUCACACAUUUUGGGGAAAGUAAGAAUUAUACACACAGUCAUUGUGCCUUAUAGUAGACCUGAUACUCUCCAGUUUUAGAAUUGAAGGGGAUUGUUCAUCCAAAUUUAAUAUUCUCACCCUCAUGUCUUUCUAAACUUGUAUCUUUUUUCUGUGGAGCACGAAAGAUGUUUUGAAGCCAUUUCAGCUGUUUGGUCCAUAAAAAGUCAGAGUUACAAAAUUAUAAAGCUAUAAAAAGGACAUAACAGUAGCGGAAAAUUAAUCCAUACGACUUGAUUAGUAUAUUCCAAAGUGGCAGCAUCACUUUGUAUGAUGAACAGAUUGACUAUUAAGUCUCCACUCACUCUCGCAUCAAAACAUUUAUCAAUGUAUGCAUAUAAAUAUUGCACUGAAUACGGCAUCAAGAACCUUAACGUUGGCAUCAAAUUAAAAACUUACGAAGAAUGUGUAAAACUCUAGCAGUUCAAAAAGCUUACGCUACAUCCUACACCUUCCCUAUUCAAAUUACAGUUUAACCUUCAGAAGUUGAAUACGGAAGGUGGUCUGGCGGAAGCUAGAUAUUUUACUUCAAAACUUGUUAAAUAUGGAUAUAUUUUUUUUUACGCAAACACAUUGUUCCGCUUCUUCAGAUGGCCUUUAUUAACCCCCCGGAGCCGUGUGGAUUACGUUUAUGAUGGAUGGAUGUGGAUGGAGACACUUUUUUUCAGCUCAUACACAUUUGGUGACGCAUUCUGCCAUUAUAAAGCUUGAAUGCGUCAGGAUAUUUAUUAAUAUUUCUCCGAUUGUGUUCAUCAGAAAGAAGAAAGUCAUAUACACCUAGGAUGGCUUUGAGUAAAGCUUGGCUAAUUUUCAUUUGA